AUGAUGAUCAUAGCAGGAAUGACAGGAUAUACAAAUCCCAGAAAGGUGGUGAAGGAGGUUUUGCAACAAUUGCGCAUGACUGGUCACUGUCGAAAAAGCUUCAGUAGGCUAAGUGGUGGACAGAAACGUCGAAUAAGCGUUGGCGUGGCUAUAUUGAGUAACUCGAAUCCUUCUUCUACUCGAUGA